UAUUUUUAAUAAUAUUUCACAGCCCAUUUUUUAUUUUCUUUACUCUCUUCUCCUCAAUAUAUAGAGCCUUGAGCUGUUCCUCUUCAAUACUCACUCUUUCUCUCUCUCUCACUUUUUCAAAGUCUCUCUCUUUUUUGGUGGGUUUAUCAGAAAAAUUAUAUACAUAACUGAUAAACCAAACCAGCAUUGUAAUUUUUCUUCAUUUAUAACUGAAAAAGUUCAGUUCUUUAAUAUGGAGCAAAAAGCUGUUGUAGCUACUCUGUUUCUAGUUUUGCUCUGUUUUCCGGUGGCUUUUUCCGGCCAUGACUAUGGUCAAGCUCUGAGCAAGAGCAUUCUCUUCUUUGAAGCUCAGAGAUCUGGUUACCUUCCUCGUAACCAAAGAGUCAAUUGGAGAUCUAAUUCUGGUUUACACGAUGGAAAAGCCAGUGGGGUGGAUCUGGUUGGUGGGUAUUACGACGCCGGUGACAAUGUGAAGUUUGGAUUACCAAUGGCGUUUACAGUGACGAUGAUGUCGUGGAGUAUAAUCGAGUACGGUAAACAAAUGGGUGAGAAUGGUGAGCUUGGUCAUGCCAUGGAUGCUGUUAAGUGGGGUACUGAUUACUUCAUUAAAGCUCAUCCUCAACCUUAUGUUCUCUAUGGAGAGGUGGGAGAUGGUAAUAGCGACCACUAUUGUUGGCAAAGACCAGAAGAUAUGACCACUGAUAGAAGAGCUUACAAAAUUGACCCGAGUAAUCCCGGGUCGGAUCUCGCCGGAGAAACCGCCGCCGCAAUGGCCGCCGCGUCCAUAGUCUUCCGCCGAUCUAAUCCAGCUUACUCUAGCGAGCUCCUCCGUCACGCUCACCAGUUAUUUGAUUUUGCCGACAAGUACAGGGGUAAAUACGACAGCAGCAUAACCGUGGCCCAAAAGUAUUACCGGUCCAUAAGCGGUUACUAUGAUGAGUUGUUGUGGGCCGCUGCAUGGAUGUACCAGGCCACUAACAACCAAUACUACUUGGGUUACCUUGCUAAGAAUGCUGAAGCCAUGGGAGGAACUGGUUGGAGCAUGACUGAGUUUGGUUGGGAUGUUAAGUAUGCUGGGGUUCAGACCCUUGUUUCCAAGUUCUUAAUGCAAGGAAAGGCUGGUCGGUAUGCACCAGUGUUCGAGAAGUACCAGGAAAAAGCAGAGUACUUUAUGUGUGGUUGUAUCGGAAAGGGUAGCCGGAAUGUUCAGAAGACUCCCGCCGGUCUAAUCUUCCGGCAGAGAUGGAAUAACUUGCAGUUUGUGACAAGUGCUUCUUUCCUCUCCACUGUCUACUCUGACUACCUCACUUCUUCCGGUAAAUACCUCAAGUGUGCUUCCGGCAAUGUGGCUCCCUCUCAGCUUCUUUCCUUCGCAAAAUCUCAGGUUGAUUACAUUUUGGGAGACAAUCCUAGAGCUACAAGCUACAUGGUUGGGUAUGGAAACAACUACCCUCGUCAAGUUCACCACAGGGGUUCUUCCAUUGUUUCCUACAAGGCUAAUCCUAAGUUUGUUGCUUGCCGAGAGGGUUAUGCUACUUGGUUUAGCCGUAAAGCUAGUGACCCCAAUCUACUUACUGGUGCCAUUGUUGGUGGCCCUGAUGCUUAUGACAACUUUGCUGAUGAGAGAGAUAACUAUGAGCAGACUGAGCCUGCUACUUACAACAAUGCUCCUCUUCUUGGUAUUUUGGCUAGACUCAGCAGUGGUAGCAGAGGUUAUAACCAACUCCUUCCAGUUGUUGUUCCAGCUCCAAAGGUUGUUACCCCACAAAAGCCAAUUGCAGUUAACCCACAAAAACCUGUUCCAAGGCCUAAAACAAGCCCAGCAGCAACUCCAGCAGUUUCAACAACCUCUGGCCCAAUUUCAGUUCAACAAAAGAUGACAACUUCAUGGAUUUCAAAUGGGAAAACUUACUACAGAUACUCAACUGUGGUGACCAACAAGUCCACUAAGGAUGUCAAAUCCGUCAAGAUUUCGAUAUCCAAACUCUACGGCCCAAUCUGGGGUCUGACCAAGAGUGGUGAUUUCUACACAUUGCCAUCAUGGCUCAACAAUAUACCAGCUGGGAAGAGCCUUGAGUUUGUAUACAUUCACUCAGCUUCACCAGCAGAUGUUGCAGUCUCAAGCUACACAUUGUCUUAAUUAGGAAAGACAAAGAUUUGUGCAGCUAUACAAAUGCAGUCCAGAAGUGGGGUCUUAUUUUUUUCUUUAAAAGUUUCAAUCUUUACUUGUGUUUUGGUAUUUGAAUAGGGUUUUUUAUAUAGGGAUGAUGGUAUUAUUAUUAUUAUUAGCUUAAGAUAAGCUUGAAGAACUGGGGGAAGAAAGGAGUGAAGAGACAGUUUAUGAAAAGUGCUCAUCCUCUUUCACCUCUAGUACACUAUUUAUAUAGACAGAGAGAGAAAGAGAAAGAAAGAUAGAGAGAAAGAAAUGUGAGAAGUGAUAUUAGUAAUGACUUCUCAAAUGACACCAAGAAGAAGUCUAUUUGUUGUACUUCACAGCAAGCUUUGAAUGUCUUUUCUUUUUUGUGAUUGUAAUGUUGUAACCUUUGCAACAUUUUGCUUUUUUCUUUUCAAUUUCCAAUAUGAAUAUAGUUUGUGCAGUUCAA